AUGAUGGCUCUCGCAAGAUCUCUUGGUGUACCCGUUCCCAAAGUCCUGAAAUACAACUGCACUCGGGAGAACCCCAUUGGCUGGCCUUUCAUCGCUUUCGAAGAACCUGACGGCUCAGAGAUCAACAUUUGGACAGAUCUUAACGAUGAUGAAAGACUGAAGCUGGCCGACGAAGUGGCUGACAUCGAGGCCCGCUUUUUAUCAUUUGAACUCCUUGGUUUCGGUGCCAUCUACUUUUCCCGCGACCUGCCUGGCUUUGCGUCGGUCCCUUUUGCACCAGAAUGUGGAGGUUCCAUGGCCAUGAGCCACAAGGAGGUGGUCCCUGUAAGUCAGCCUAUUCAGCAGCCACAUAUCACUCAGCUCACCGGCGCAGUCAUUAACCCUGAAGCCUUCACUUUCAAUGACAUAAGCAAGAACAUCCAAGGCGUGCCCGAAGACGGUCCGAUCGUUCAUGGAGAAAAGAAGCAUGACUUCAAGUUACAGCAUCGUAAGCUCUACGAUGAUUAUCUGAAGAUCGUGGAUCAUCUGUUGCCGCGCAUCAUUACGGCAAUAAGCACCCCAAGACUCUCAGCCUACGAUAUUUUGAGGAGCCACCUUCGACAUGUCAACUUCACACAGUCUCGAAAUGUCAAAAUUGCCGCCAUCACCGACGAAUUCAGCGGGAUGGCUGAGCCUGGUCUACUAGCGUGGGGCACUAAUCUAAUGCGGAGGUCUAGACUACGUUCAAGUAAACCGCGGAUGCCACGACAGCCCGAGACUAUCUCCCACAAGCGGCAGGAGCUUAUCGCGAAGCAACUUGUGGAUUGGCGUCAAGCCAUGAUGGAGGCAAGGUUCUUCGACAAGAUUAAACAUAUCGAAGAAAGCCACAGUAUUCUUAGCAUACCGAACUGGCACCUACUGCGAGAGCUACUCAUAGCUGUCAAAUCACACCAUUCAGCCGAUCCCAUCCAUCUUCAUGCCGCUCUGAUCAACGUCACAGAGAAUUGGGAUGAUAUCACAAAGACGAAAGAUGGCCAUGCUCCUCCAUGCCCAAUUUCAUAUUCCGAAGAGGAGAAGAAUAGGGUCCUCCGCGAACAAGAACGCAAUGAUGCUAGCGUAGAAGAGUUGUCUUUCAUCAGUAAGAUCAUCGAGACCAAUGCCAGCGAAAGGGUCGCUUCUGCCGAGAAUUACACCCGCGUUCGAGACUACUUCUGGAGUAUAAACGCAAGAAUCGAAGCCAACGACGGCAAGUACUAUCCGGACGUGGACGAGAGCGACAGCACCGAAGAAGCUUUCGAGACGCCUGACGAAUUCGAGACGGUUCUUUGCAAGCGGAUGGGUAUCUCGCGCGCAACCUUCUGGCGGAGCGUGGCCGAUACCGCUGUGUGGAAGAAGAACAACUUCCUCAACGAGAGAGAGGGGUACUUCGAAGAAAAGAGCCGUGUAGGACGGUCGGAGUGGCUGAGAGAACAGGAGCAGCAGGGGUUCGAAAAAGAAGAAGAGAAGGAGAAAAAGAAGCACUUUGAUAGCAUCUCUCAUUUCAUCAUACUCUUCAAGUUCAAGCCUGAAGUGACAGCAGAGCACAAGGCGACCUUCGUCCGAGAACUCAAAAAGCUCAAAAACCUCCCAUGUGUCAAGGACGGCCGUCUUAUUGUCGGAGGCCCUUCUGUUACGGAUCCGAUUGAACGGAGCAAAGGAUUCGAAUUCGCGCUUGUCAGCUACCACCAUGAUCGCGCUGCUCUAGAAGAGUAUCAGGCAAGCAAGGAGCAUCAUUGGGUGACAUCUACCUACAUGUUCCCAUUCAAGGAAGACCUUUGCAGGUUCGAUUUUGAAGUUGCUCCGGAAGAUGAGUACAUGUGUCAACAUCUCACUUCGGCAUUCAUUGGAAAGAGUCAGGUCAAUGGAGAAACAGCACCUGAGAACCACGCAUCAUCAUGA